AUUUUGCUCUUAUUUAUGUGGAAGUCAAGUGGCCUUUCAAAGCAGCAGCAAGUGGUAGGGAUAAUCAUCGUCAUCAUGGCUGAAACUAAAAAGCUGCAUAUUGCAUUUUUUCCAUGGCUAGCAUUUGGUCACAUAAUCCCACACUUAGAAGUCGCUCUUCAGAUAGCUCAAAAGGGUCACAAAAUCUCCUUCAUUUCUACACCAAGAAACAUCCAACGUAUGCCAAAAAUACCUACAAAUCUACAGCCCAAUAUAAACCUAGUAAGCCUGACCUUACCCCAAACAGAAAAUCUCCCUAAUCAUGCAGAAUCCACCAUGGAUUUAUGUUCCAACGAAGUCCCGUUUCUCAAAAUAGCCUACGACAGUCUCCAAGAUCCUCUGACUCGGUUCUUGAAGACCUCUAAUCCAGACUGGAUCGUCUACGACUUUGCUCCUUACUGGCUACCUUCUGUCGCCGCAAAUCUUGGGAUUGCCGGUGCUUUUUUUAGCGUUUAUGGUUCCUGGACGGUCACUUUUCUUGGAUCGUCGUCUUCUUCCAUUAUCAACGGUGAUGAUCAACGGACUAAGGCGGAGGACUUCACUGUCCCUCCCAAAUGGAUUCCGUUUCCGUCCAAAGUUGCAUUUCGACUUCAUGAGGCCAAAAAAAGUAUAGAUGCUCAUGUUCAUCUCACAAGCACUUCAGAUGUCUCAGAUAUGUUUCGUUUCGGUUCAGUAAUGUCCGGCUGCGAUGUUAUAGCUAUACGUGACUGCAUGGAGCUCGCCGGAGAAUUUAUAACCCUCCUUAGCGAACUUCACCGUAAGCCAGUCUUUCCGGUAGGUCUGCUGCCACCGUCAGCUCAAGACGGGGGUGAAGAUGAUACUGAUACAUGGUUCAAAAUCAAGACCUGGCUGGAUAAGCAAAACAAAGGAUCCGUAGUUUAUAUAGCAUUCGGAAGCGAGUCAGAGCCGAGUCGAGACGAGUUCAAAGAAUUGGCACUAGGGCUUGAGUUAUCUAAUCUACCAUUCUUCUGGAUACUGAGGAAGCAAGAAAACGACGUCGCGGCGCUGUUACCGGCUGGAUAUGAGGAGCGAGUGAAGGAUCAGGGAGUAGUGUGGAAGAGUUGGGCACCGCAACGAAAGAUUCUAGCUCAUGACUCGGUGGGCGGGUUCUUGACUCACUGUGGCUAUUCUUCCAUCGUAGAGGCGCUUUAUUUUGAACGUCCAUUAAUUAUGCUGACUUUGUCGAUUGAUCAAGGGUUGAUUGCUAGGGUUUUCGCGGAGAAAGGAGUAGGCGUAGAAAUUGAUCGAGAUGAUGAAAAUGGAUGGUUUUCCAAAGAAUCGGUGGCCGAGUCAGCGAAGCUGGUAACGGUUGAUGAAGAAGGGAUGGUUUAUAGAAAUAACGCAAAGGAGAUGAAAAAGUUAGUUUUAGAUAAAGAAAUUCAUGACCGAUAUAUAGAGGAUUUUGUUAAGUUUCUAGUGAAUUAUGGACUUGGCCGGAAGCAUUCAUAAUUAAUCAUCAAUAAAAAUUAACUAGUAUGCUUUGCUUGUAAGUUAUUAUGGUAUUAAUUUAGGAAAAGAAGCAUAUAUUGCCCUAAUGUUCAUAACGGAAAUAUUGGCCUAAUGUUCA